AAGCGAGCUCACAGGCUUGAGAUUUUGUAUUAGACGGGUUUUUUAAACUAAAAGUAAUGCCAUAUAUUGUAUUUCCUAUGAGAAUAGGGCGGGUAAUGAUACUUUUCUACAAAUAUUAAAAACGAAGUUAUUGUACCGUAAUACUCAAUACACACUUAUUGAUAGAUCCGUUCGUAACUUCUGCGGAAGAAUACAGCGUACCAUUAUCAGGACGUCUGGCUCAGAGAGGAGAGACAAGUUUGGAAAGUUAGACCUCGGCUUAACUUUUUCAAAACGCCGUAAACAAGGAAAAAAAACUAACAAGGAAAUCCGAAAUAAGAAAACUAUUUUAUUUAAACAAAGGUAUUCCUUUCCUCUCAGUUUUAUUCAUUACCGAAAGUUUUAGAGUUGUGACGUUUAGGAGAGUAAGUUCACCUAACCUGACGGAGCUCAGCCUCGCGCUGGUGACUCUAUGUGGAUUUUACAAAAAAUAUGGGCCAGUUAUCCGGAAUCUCCUCGGGCAAAGUUAUUUUCUUCAUCGUCUGUUGCAUCCGGAUUUCAUGGGCUCUGCAGUGUCUGGACUCCACCCGGCCAUGCGUGAACAACGCCACCUGCAUCACGUUCCAUAACGGCACGGGAUUAUGCAGGUGCAGUGCCGGGUUCGUGGGGGAGUACUGUCACCACAGCGACCCCUGUCGGCCGGGGUACUGCCUCAACGGGGGCAACUGCAGCGUUGCCGGGAAACCGGGCGCCCCCACCUGCUCCUGCCCCCUCGGCUUCACCGGCCCCAACUGCCAGACGCCCCAGAACUCCACCUGUUACCCCAGCAACCCCUGCGCCAAUCAGGGCACCUGCACCCUGCUGUCCCUGGACAAGUACGAGUGCCUCUGCCCCCAGGGCUGGACUGGUCCAGACUGCACCCUGGAGGACAGCUGUGUGUCCAGCCCCUGCUCUAACGGGGGCGUCUGCACCCCCCUGCCGGGGGGCAAGUUCAGCUGCGCCUGCCCCGCGGGGUACUGGGGUCCCCGCUGCCUGAACGACACGGACGAGUGCGCGGGCGCGCCCUCCCUGUGCCAGAACGCGGGCGUCUGCGCCAACACGCCCGGGUCCUACCACUGCACCUGCCCCGCCGGCUACACCGGCCGCCACUGCGAGACCCCCUACGUGCCCUGCGCCCCCUCCCCCUGCGUCAACGGGGGCACCUGCCGCCAGACCUCCGAGACCAGCUACUGGUGCCACUGCCUGCCUGGCUUCAACGGGACGAACUGCGAGGUGAACAUCGAUGACUGCCCAGAUCACCGCUGUCAAAAUGGAGGCACCUGUAUGGACGGGGUCAACACCUACAACUGCCAGUGUCCUCCUGAGUGGACAGGUCAGUUCUGCACGGAGGACGUGGAUGAGUGCCGUCUGCAGCCCAACACCUGCCAGAACGGCGGCACCUGCAGCAACGUGGAGGGCGGCUACAACUGCGUGUGCGUCAACGGCUGGAGUGGCCCGGACUGCGCGGAGAACAUCGACGACUGUGCCACGGCCGCCUGCACCGCCGGGUCCACCUGCAUCGACCGCGUCGCCUCCUUCAUCUGCACCUGCCCCUUCGGCAAGACCGGUCUGCUCUGCCACGUGGACGACGCCUGCAUCAGCAACCCCUGCAGAGAGGGGGCGCAGUGCGACACCAACCCCAUCAACGGCAAGUUCAACUGCAACUGCCCCCCCGGUUACUACGGCAGCACCUGCAACGUGGACGUCGACGAGUGCAUCAUCGGCUCGAACCCGUGUGAGCACGGGGGCCAGUGUGUGAACACGGAGGGCUCCUUCACCUGUAACUGCGUCCGCGGCUACGCCGGGCCCCGCUGCGAGCAGGACCUCAACGAGUGCGCCUCCAACCCCUGCCGCAACGACGCCACCUGCCUGGACCAGAUCGGAGACUACACCUGCAUCUGCAUGCCCGGGUUUGAGGGAGUUCACUGUGAGAAGGACAUUAAUGAGUGCAGCAGCGCCCCCUGUCUGAAUAAUGGGAAAUGCCUCGACCAGGUCAACCGCUUUAUCUGCGAGUGUCUUCCAGGCUUCAGCGGCGACAUGUGCCAGGUGGACAUCGACGAGUGCGCCAGCACGCCCUGCCACAACGGAGCCAAGUGCAUCGACCGGCCCAACGCCUACGAGUGCGACUGUGCCGAAGGCUUCUCGGGGCCUCUCUGUAAGGAGAACGUGGAUGACUGUGACCCGGAGCCCUGUCACCACGGCGUGUGCCGGGACGGCAUCGCCACGUUCUCCUGUGAGUGUGAGCCGGGCUACACCGGCUCCAUCUGCAGCCUGCAGGUGCAGGAGUGCCACAGCAGCCCCUGCCAGAACCGCGGGCGCUGCAUCGACCUGGUCAACAAGUACCAGUGCAACUGCCUGCCCGGGACCUCAGGAAUCAACUGUGAGAAGAAUUUUGAUGACUGUGGCAGUAACCCCUGUCAGUACGGAGAAUGCCAGGACGGAAUCAAUGAGUACAAGUGCAUCUGUCACACUGGAUAUACAGGAGAGAAGUGCGAUGUGGAGAUAAACGAGUGUCUGUCGAACCCGUGUCUGAGUGGGGGGACCUGUCAGGACCAGCUGAACGGGUUCAAGUGCCAGUGCCCCGCAGGCACACACGGGCCCCUGUGCCACUCCGGGGCCGACCACUGCGCCCCCAAACCCUGCGUGCACGGGGACUGCCAGGAGCUACAGGAGGGGUACAGGUGCGACUGUAAGCCGGGCUGGGCGGGGCAGCACUGCGAGCAGGAGCAGGACGAGUGCCAGUCCAACCCUUGCCAGAACGGAGGCACCUGCUCCGACCAGCACAACGGCUACACCUGCAAGUGCGGGCGUGGCUUCACAGGUAUGAACUGUGAAAUCAACAUCAAUGAGUGCGAAUCCAACCCCUGUCAGAACAAGGGCGUCUGUGUGGACGGAGUCAACAGCUACACCUGCAGCUGUGAGCUGCCUUACACAGGACUGCACUGCGAGGUGGAGCUGGUCCCGUGUGCGUCUCAGCCCUGUGAGAGGGGAGGGGUGUGCCAGCCCUCCCUGGACUACACCUCCUUCACCUGCCGCUGCGCCAGCGGGUGGCAAGGCCCGCGCUGUACUGAAGAUGUAGAUGAGUGCAGUGCCAGUCCCUGUCAGAACAGAGCCCGCUGCCACAACAGCCCUGGCAGCUACACCUGCGCCUGCCAACCAGGAUACAGCGGCCUCAACUGCCAAACCAACAUCGACGACUGCACUCCCAACCCGUGUCUGAACGGGGGCUCGUGUGUGGACGGCGUGGGGGGGUUCUCCUGCGACUGCCGGCCCGGGUUCGAGGGGGACCGCUGCGAGGCCGAGGUGGACGAGUGCAGCAGCCAGCCGUGCCGCAACGGCGCCAAGUGCAGCGACUACGUCAACAGCUACGUGUGCGAGUGCCUGCCGGGCUUCGACGGCAUCCACUGCGACCACAACAUCCCAGAGUGCACCGAGAGCUCCUGUCUGAAUAACGGCACGUGCGUGGACGGCAUCAACACCUUCUCCUGCCGUUGCCGGCCCGGCUUCACCGGGGCCUUCUGCCAGUACGAGAUCAACGAGUGCGACUCGCAGCCCUGCCAGAACGGAGGCACCUGCACGGACGGCCUGGGGUCCUACCGCUGCUCCUGCCCCGUCGAGUACACGGGGUCCAACUGCCAGGUCCUGACUGACCUGUGUGUGCGUCACCUGUGCCUGAACGGAGGGAAGUGCUCUCAGAACGGGACGUCCUGGAAGUGCCGCUGUCCCGUGGGCUGGGACGGGCUGUACUGUGACGUCCCAGAUGUGUCCUGCCAGGCCAUCGCUGCCAGCAAACACGUCACCGUGGAAACGGUGUGUCAGAAUGCGGGCCGCUGUUUCGACAAGGGGAAGACGCACCACUGCCAGUGCCAGGCCGGCUACACCGGCAGCUACUGCGAGACGGAGGUGGACGAGUGCCUGUCCAACCCCUGCCGCAACGGGGCCACCUGCGUGGACUACCAGGGCGGAUUCGAGUGCCAGUGUAAGGCCGGGUACCAGGGGGUUCACUGCCAGUUCGACGUGGACGAGUGCCAGUCCCGCCCCUGCCUGCACGGGGGCACCUGCAUCAACCUGGUCAACCGCUUCUCCUGCUCCUGCCCCCCCGGAACGCACGGACUGCGCUGUGAGGAGGACGUGGAUGACUGCCAGCCGGACCCGGGCUCCUGGGGGCCGCGCUGCCUGAACGGGGGCCAGUGUGUGGACGGGGUGGGGCGCUACACCUGCUCCUGCCCCCCCGGCUUCGCAGGGGAGCACUGUGAGGGAGACGUCAACGAGUGUCUGUCAGGACCCUGCCACGCCCCCGGGAGCCUGGACUGUGUGCAGCUCGCCAGCGACUACCAGUGCCACUGCAGACUGGGAUACACAGGUCGGCACUGCGAGUCGAUGGUGGACCUCUGCCUGUCCAAACCCUGCCACAACGGGGGCACGUGCUCCAUGAACAUGAGCUCCCUGCACGGAUACACCUGCCAGUGCCAGCCAGGCUUCUCCGGCUUCAGCUGCGGGGAGGUGGAGGGCUACACCUGCGCCAACCUGCGCUGCCAGAACGGCGGCCGCUGCCUGGAGUCUCCGGACGGCCGCCUGCAGUGCCUCUGUCGGCAGGGCUACGGGGGCCCCCGCUGCGAGGCGGCCCAGGGCUGCCUGGCCCGGCCCUGCCAGAACGGGGGCACCUGCCUGCGCGACCUCCCGGGCCCCCGUGUGUACGCCUGCGUCUGCCCCGACCGCUUCUCGGGCCCCCGCUGCGAGGCGGCGGCCGACUGGGGCACCCGGGGCCUGCCGGAGCCCGCCUGCCCCUACGACGAGUGCGCGUUGCGGGCGGGGGACGGAGUGUGCGACCCGCAGUGCAACAGGCACGAGUGCGCCUGGGACGGGGGGGACUGCUCGCUGCAGAGGCAGCAGCCCUGGGAGAACUGCGCCGUGCCCGGCGUGCGCUGCUGGGAGCUCUUCCACAACGGCCGCUGCGACCCCCAGUGCGACACCGCCGGCUGCCUCUUCGACAGCUUCGAGUGCCAGAACGCCGGGAGCUCCUGCAAGUACGAUAAGUACUGCGCGGACCACUACGCCAACGGCCACUGCAACCAGGGCUGCAACACGGAGGAGUGCGGCUGGGACGGGCUGGACUGCUCGGGGGACGUGCUGCCCCAGGUGGCUGACGGGACGCUGGUGCUGGUGGUGCUGCUGCAGCCGGAGGAGCUGCUGGGGGACCUGCGGGGCUUCCUGCGCUCUCUCGGCACCCUGCUGCACACCAACCUGCGCGUAAAAAUGGACGCCCAGCAGCAGCCCAUGGUGUACCCCUACUACGGCCCCGAGGGCGAGGGGCCCGGCUCCCUCAAGCACAGGGCCCGCAGGGAGCUGAGGAGGGAGGUGAUCGGGUCCAAAGCCUUCCUGGAGAUCGAUAACCGGAAGUGUGCCCAGAACUCGGACGACUGCUUCUCAAACACUGACCUGGCCGCCUCCUACAUCGCCGCUGAGUACCUGAAACGAGCCGGACCCCUGCCCUAUCCGCUGGUGUCCGUGGGCAGCGAGCCCCCGGAGCAUCCGACGCCGUCCCACCUGCUGUACCUGGUGGCGGUGGCCGGGGCCAUCAUCCUGCUCAUCGUGGUGCUGGGGGUGCUGGCCGCCAAACGCAAGCGCAAGCACGGCAUCCUGUGGCUGCCCGACGGCUUCCUCGCCAAGAAGGACGGCAAACGCAGGGAGCCCGUGGGCCAGGACGACUUCGGCAUGAAGAACAUGGUCAAACCGCAGGACAGCACGAUGAUCGACGCCAAUCAGAACCAGCGCUGGCUGGAGGAGGAGCCUCAGCCCAAGAAGCCCAGGACGGAGGACAAGCCCCUGUUGCCGGUGGGCGUGGAGGGGGGCGGAGUGGACCGUCGUGAGUGGACGCUGCAGCACCACAAGGCGGCCGACAUCACCCUGACCCCUCCCCAGGCCCAGGUGGACAACGACUGCCUGGACGUCAAUGUGAAAGGCCCAGACGGCUUCACGCCCCUGAUGCUGGCCUCCCUGCGCCACGGCGGGGGGGCGGAGUGCAGCAGCCUCCUGGGGGAGGAGGAGGAGGAGAGCGGGGGCGACGAGCCGGGGGCGAACAUCAUCACGGACCUGAUCGAGCAGGGCGCCACGCUGCUGGCGCAGACGGACCGCACGGGCGAGACGGCGCUGCACCUGGCGGCCCGCUACGCGCGCGCGGACGCGGCCAAGAGGCUGCUGGACGCCGGCGCGGACGCCAACGCGCACGACAACAUGGGCCGCACCCCGCUGCACGCCGCCGUGGCGGCCGACGCACAGGGAGUCUUCCAGAUCCUGAUCCGGAACCGCGCCACGGAGCUGGACGCGCGGAUGAAUGACGGCACCACUCCGCUCAUCCUGGCGGCUCGCCUGGCUGUGGAGGGCAUGGUGGAGGAGCUGGUGCACUGCCACGCCGACGUCAACGCCGUGGACGACCACGGCAAGUCAGCUCUGCACUGGGCAGCAGCCGUCAACAACGUGGAGGCCACUCUGGUGCUGCUGAAGAACGGGGCCAACAGAGACAUGCAGGACAACAAGGAGGAGACCCCCCUGUUCCUGGCGGCCCGGGAGGGCAGCUUCGAGGCGGCCCAGGUCCUCCUGGACCACUACUCCAACCGGGACAUCACGGACCACCUGGACCGGCUUCCGCGCGACACGGCUCAGGAGCGCAUGCACCACGACAUCGUGCGCCUGCUGGACCAGUACAACCUGGUGCACAGCCCGCACUCCGGGGCCGGCCACCUGAGCGGGGGCGGCCCCGCGGGGGGCCACGGCUCCCUGCUCUGCCCCGGCUCCGGGGGCUUCGUGGCCAUGCGGCCGGGCCCCCAGGGCAAGAAGAGCCGGCGGGGCGGGGGCAAGGCGGGCGGGGCGGCGGGCGGCACCGCCAAGGAGCUGAAGGCCAAGCGGCGGAAGAAGCCAGCGGGCGGGGAGGGCGCGGGGCAGGCGGCUAACGGCGGCGCCGCGGGCGCUAACGCCGGCGCCGCGGCCGCUAACGGGAAGCCGGGGCUGUCGGAGAGCUCGGUCACGCUGUCGCCCGUCGACUCGCUGGAGUCCCCGCACUCCUACGCCGGGGACGCGGGCGGCACGGCCGGCACCGCCACGUCCCCCCCGCUGCUGGGCAGCCCGACCGGCCGGCCCCUGCUGCCCCCCGUCAGCCACAUGCUCGGGCAGCAGCAGCAGCAGCAGCAGCAGCAGCAGGCCUGGGUGGGGGUGGGCAUGCCCAAACACGGGGGCUACGGGGCGCACAUGUACCUGCCCCACCAGCUGGGCCCGGCCCACCCCGGCCUGUCGCAGCACCACCCCAACGCCGGGCUGCUGACGCCCAUGAACGUCACCAUGAGCCGCGAGCAGCUGCCCUCCAUCGUCACCUUCCAGAUGAUGGCCCCGGGCGGCCAGGCCCUGCUGAAGCAGCCCCAGCUGGGGGCGGGGCAGAGCCAGGGCCACGCCCACGCCCAGCAGGGCUCCUCCCACCUGCACUGCGGGCAGGGCAUGAUGUACCAGCUCCCGGAAGCGGGGCUCCAGCACGGCAUGUCCCGCUCCCUCCCGCACCCCCACGCCCACGCCCACCCCCACGCCCACGCCCACGGCCUCUCCCACGGCCACGCCCUGGUGGACGCCCAGCCCCGCCCCCUGCCCCCCUACCAGCCCAUGCAGAGCCCGGUGGAUAAGUACCCGACCCCGCCCUCCCAGCACAGCUACGCCCCCGCUGGCUCCGAGGGGGCCACCCCCGGCCACCCCGCCCAGCCCGAACACCCCUACCUCACCCCCUCCCCCGAGUCGCCCGACCCCUGGUCCUCCUCCUCCCCCCACUCCAACUCGGACUGGUCCGACGUCACCACCAGCCCCACCCCGCUGGGCGCCGGCCGGUCCCUGGCCCCGCCCCGCCACACCCACCUGCUGGAGCAGGGCCAGCCCCCCGCCCAGCCCGCGCAGAGCCAGCGCAACAGCAUGCAGGUGUACGCGUAGCCACGGAAACGGACCCUCCACCCCCCUCCCUCCUGCACUUCCUGUUUCAUUUCGAGGUUCAUUUCCCCCCCCCCACACAGUUACACUAAACACCCCUCCGCCCCUCGUUCUCUCCUCCCUCUGCACUUCAGCACUCUUACUCUGUAAAUACGCUGCCUGUCCGUUCCCCCCCCCCCCCCCCGUUCGCCUUCACGCGUAAAACGUGCCGCCAACGUUAGCGAAAGAAUCCAAAGCCAAAAAACAAGUGCUGUAACCUGCCAGUUUUUUCCCCCUUUUUUAGAAGGAUCUCGCAAAGUCUUCAUGUCCGUCACCGAUGUUGAUGACGGAUUGUACAUUCUUAUGGAGGCGAGUUAUCUCUUCUUGGAAAUGAAGAUCCUGGACAUUGCUUUUUCCUCUUUUUUUGGGGGGCUGUGGUUCGAUGCGCAGCCGUCUUUAAAUGCCUGGUCAUGAGACAUUGUAGAAAUACUGAGGAUGAGGAUGAUGACGAGGAGGAAGCUGGACUCUUAACGCUUCCCGGGCUGUGGCAUCAUGGGACUUUGUGUUUUUGAAGGAUAUGUGCUGAUAACUUGUCCCGUGCUUUCUCUGUCCCUGCAGUGUAGAGUUCUAGGGAGGUACUUUCUCAGUCGUACUAACUUUGUAAUUGUUAGUAUGUUAACUUAAUCUCUUUUUCCCCAAGGUGGGUCAAGUUGUGAUAUUGUUACGAUAAGCUGUUAUCUUUAUGUUUCAAAACUGGUAAUGCCAGAUGCAUUUUUUUUUUGUGUGUUAUUUGGACGUUCCUGUCUAAAAUGUGGUUACGAGUGGUUACAACUUAGUGUGCACUUGUCGACUGACUAGUCAUUUGACUGUCAGUCAGGCUGUUGUGUGGUUUGGUAUUGCACGCACACAAACUAAAAACACGCAAAUAAAUCUCAUGUUGUGUGGUUCGAAGCCAAACUGUGGUGUAAAUAGGGUUUCUCUUUAAGUUGUUACAACCCCCCCGCCGCCCCCUCCCCGGGAAACCUUGUUCUUGUUUCAGUCCGACCAAUAGGAGGCAGUGGGAGGAGCCAAGGCAGCCUAAGUCACAUGGGUCUGCUGACACAGGAAAAAGGUUUGUAACUGACAACCGUACUUGCAGUCGAAGGAGCAUUCACACACACGUCAGCGUAGGAAGGAGAUAGACCUGUUUGAUUACACCAAGUUUUUGUUCCUCCUCUUUCUCCUUUGUCUUGGCUGUUACGCUAUAGCAGGUCUGCCCAUCCCUAUUCCUGGAGAUCUGCCAUCUCCUGCAAGGAUUUCACUCCAACCCUAAUUUGGCACACCUGAUUCUACUAAUUAGCAGCUCGGUGAGAUCAUUAGCUGUCAAAUGAGGUGAGCUCUGUUAGGGUUGGAGUGAAAGCCAACAGGAUGGUAGAUCUCCAGGAACAGGGUUGGGCAGCCCUGCUCUAUAGUGGGUGUGUCCCAAUACUCAAAAAAUAUGUAUCCUCCUUUCCUCCACUCAUCUUCUCCCCCAUAUUUCUGGAUAGACGAGGAGGUAGUGGAGGGAAGGAGGAUAUUUUGUCGAGUAUUCGGAUGCACCCUGUGCACAGGGGCAAUGAGGCCCACACGGCUCAUAGCUGAACUGGGCUCCCAGAGAAGCUUCUUUCUUAUUGGCUGGUUGUAGACAGUCGAGGAAUUGAUUGGACGGGCGGAAUGAAGACUGACACGUGCGAAACUCCUGUCAGUUCAAGAGGGGAGCUGGACUAGGAAUAUAUUUACCACCAUUAUUAUUGUUACUCUUGUGUUUUAUAUGAGUAUCCAUGUGUACUGUUACUGCUAUUGUUCUUAUAAUUAUUGCUGUCAUCAGUGUAACUGGAUCUGAAGUUCUUUUUUUAAACCGCUUUUAAACAGCAAGAUGUUUUUUUUAAUCACAUUUAAUCACUUUUACUUAAUUAAAACCAAUGUUUUGUGUUAUUUUAAUUGCCUUGUGAUUUAAAAAAAACAAGUCUGAAAAUGUUUUUGUAUGCUUUACGACCACAGAUAUUUCUAUCUUCCGAAUAAUUUGUUAUCUUGUGGGCACCCUGUUCUGCCCCUCCAGACAAUCAUUGAAACGUUUUGUAUUGCACAGUGAUGUCAUUUCCUGCCCUGCCAAGGCCAAAUUUUAACACUGAUCUGAAGGCCUAUUAAAAUCUCGGCAGGCCUUGGCAGAGUCCAUGCGUGCUUCUGUCUUUCUGAGCGGAAUUGGCAUUGGUGCUGUAGCUAAUGGGGUCGAGGGGUCAGUGUUCAGAUUCGGUCCUGGCCUCUAGACGUGUCUUGAGUUUCAAAGAGGGCGGUGCACACAACACACACACACACACACACGCGCGGUUAUGUGAUGUUUUGUAUUUAUCUCUGUUUUUGGAUUGGAGAGAGACAGACACACAGAUUCAGACAGGCGGCAGGAGAAGCGGUUGAGGUUUUCUGAUCAUGUCCUCCUUCAGUGACAUCACACAUUUAGGACCAAUUUUGUAGUUACUGGCUUAAGGUGUCUCUCGCUCUUUUUUUAAAUCAUGUUUUUUAAAGGAAUUUAAUGUUUUAAAUCCUGAAUUUAACCGGGGGAUGUCCGUUGAGAACAUGUUUCUCUUUUUCGAGGACACUCUGGGAACGUACGCCCAACAUUUAAUCUAAACUGAGAUGGUCUGUCACCAUUUCAUCUCAGAAAUAGGGUCAUAUUGGUGAUUGGCACUUAUUUGGUUGUAGAUGCCACUCUUUCCAUGGACAUAUAGACAUUAUGUUUCCUGUCUCUGGCACUUAGAUUGUGUUCUGUCAGAGUCUCGCUUGUUGCCUGUCUGUCAGUCUGUGCGUCUGUAGCUCUUUGGAGUUGAAUUAAUAAUCAACCAUGAUCAAAUGAACAGUGUACUUUGAGCCUGGUAUUCUUACGUAAAUGUGUCUUGUUAUGCAAGUCCCUUUUUGAUAUGUAUAUAAACUAUAUUUUAUGUUUAUUGUAUUAUUUUUGUCUGUUUAGCAAAUAUAUUCAUGUUAUAUGAAGUCGUUUUUAAUUCCUGUUUUACACCAUAGAAGGAACUCGUGAAUAAAGAACAAACUUGUUUAAUUAAGAACAAAUAAAUGAUGACAAAACAUACAAAUAA